GGCGGCAGCGCAGCCCUCCCUGCAGUCUCCAGUCCCCUGAGCUCCUGCGUGUCCCGCCGAGUCCCACUGCGGUCGCGGAGCUCUGACCCCGCCAUGCUCUUGCUCCUUGGGCUGUGCUUGGGACUGCCCCUCUGCACGGGGUCGCAAGAAGAGGCACGGAGCUUGGGUGACACUUCAGAGCAAGUUGGACUGAGGGUUCCCAGGCAGCUCAGGCUGUUGCAGAGACUGAAAACCAAGCCCUUGAUGGCAGAAUUCUCGGUAAAAUCUACCAUUAUUUCUCGUUAUGCCUUCACUACGGUUUCCUGCAAAAUGCUGAACAGAGCUUCUGAGGACCAGGAUGUUGAGUUCCAGAUGCAGAUUCCAGCUGCAGCUUUUGUCACAAACUUCACCACGCUUAUUGGAGACAAGGUAUAUCAGGGCGAAAUUACAGAAAGAGAAAAGAAGAAUGGAGAUAGGGUAAAGGAGAAAAGGAAUAAAACCACAGAAGAUAAUGGGGACCAGGGGACCGACAUGUUCAAAGCGUCCCUAGUGAUUCCCAGCAAGGACAAGGCCAUCUUCCUCCUGAGUUACGAGGAGCUUCUGCAGAGGCGCCUCGGCAAAUACGAGCACAUUAUCAGCGUGCGGCCUCAGCAGCUGGUCGGGAGGCUGACGGUGGAAGUGACUGUCUUGGAGAGGUCGGGCCUCGAGGGCCUGGAGGUGCUGCCGCUCCGCAACAGCAGGCAGAAGGGCAGCGCGAGGGCCGAAGAUGAUUCUGGGCCUCCUCCUUCUACUGCUAUCAACCAAAAUGAAACCUUUGCCAAAGUUGUUUUUAAGCCUAAUGUGGUACAACAAGCCAAGAUUGCACAGAAUGGAAUUCUGGGAGAUUUCAUCAUUCGCUAUGAUGUCAACAGGGAACUGAGAGUUGGGGACAUCCAGGUUCUAAAUGGCUAUUUUGUACACUACUUUGCUCCUAAAGACCUUCCUCCUUUACCCAAGAAUGUGGUCUUUGUGCUUGACAGCAGUGCCUCAAUGGUAGGAACCAAGCUCCAGCAGACCAGGGAUGCUCUUACCACCAUUCUCCAUGACCUGAGACCCCAGGAUCAUUUCAGCAUCAUUGGAUUUUCCAACCGGAUUAAAGUGUGGAAGGACCACUUGGUACCAGUCACUCCUAGUAAUGUCAUAGAUGGCAAAUUCUACAUUCACCUCAUGUCUCCCAGUGGAGGCACAGACAUCAAUGGGGCUCUCCAGGCAGCCAUCAGGCUCCUCAACAACUAUGUGUCCCACAAUGACAUCGAAGACCGGAGUGUGUCCCUUGUCAUCUUCCUGACAGAUGGGAAACCCACGGUAGGGGAGACUCAUGGCCCCAAGAUUCUCAACAAUACCAAGGAGGCUGCCCAGGGUCAGAUCUGCAUCUUCACUGUUGGCAUUGGCAAUGAUGUGGACUUCAAGCUGCUGGAGAAACUGUCACUGGACAACUGCGGCCUCACACGGCGCGUCCAUGAAGAGGAGGACGCGGGUGCACAGCUUAUUGGGUUCUAUGAUGAGAUCAGGACCCCCCUACUUUCUGACAUCCGUAUCGAUUAUCCCUCUGGCUUAGUGGAGCAUGCCACUAAAACUGUGUUCCCCAACUACUUCAACGGUUCUGAGAUUGUCAUUGCGGGGAAGCUGGUGGACAAGAAGACAGAUCAGCUGCAUGUGGAGGUCACUGCCAGCAACAGUAAGAAAUUUGUCAUCCUAAAGACAGAUGUGCCUGUGGAGCCUCAGAAGGUGGGGAGUGGUGUCCCAGGAAGCCCCAGUUCCAGGGGUGAUGGAGAGGAGGACCCCAACCACAUCGAGCGUCUCUGGAGCUACCUGACUGUGAAGGGGCUGCUGAGCUCCUGGGUGCAGAGUGACAAUGAGCAGGAGAAGGAGAGACUGAGGCAGAAGGCGCAGGACCUGGCCAUGAGCUACCACUUCCUCACCCCCUUCACCUCCAUGAAGCUGAAGAAGCUGCUGCUUCAUGAGGACACACUGGAGGUCGCCCGGGGCAUGUCUGCUGUGACAGGACCUGAAACCGUGAUGCAGAGCCUGCGGGGAUCCACUAUGCAGCCAGGACCUACGCUGAAGAAACCAUAUGACCCCAAAAUCAAACUCUCUAAAACAUCAGUGGAUGGUGAUCCCCAUUUUGUUGUGGAUUUCCCUUUGAGCAAACUCACUGUCUGCUUUAACAUCGAUGGACAGCCCGGGGACAUCCUACAGCUGGUCUCUGAUCACAUGGGCUCCGGUGUGACGGUGAAUGGAGAGUUAAUCGGGGCCCCUGCUCCUCCCAAUGGUCACAAGAAACAGCGCACUUACUUCCGCACCAUCACCAUCCUCGUCAAUCGGCCAGAGAGAUCUUACCUCGAGAUCACACCCAGCAGAGUCAUCUUAGACGGUGGCGACAGGCUGGUCCUCCCCUGCAACCAGAGCAUGGUAGUGGGGAGCCGGGGGCUGGAAGUGGCUGUGUCUGCCAAUGCAAAUGUCACUGUCACCAUCCAGGGCACCAUUGCCUUUGUUGUUCUCAUUCACCUCUACAAAAAGCCAGCACCCUUCCAGCGAAACCACUUGGGCUUCUACAUCUCCAACAGCAAAGGCCUUUCCAGCAACUGCCACGGACUGCUAGGUCAGUUCCUGAACCAGGAGGCCAAACUCACAGAGAAGCCCGCAGGGCACAGCAAAAAUCUUACUAAUUCACCCCUCCCUCAGACUGAAGGGAUGUCUGAGACCAUCCUACAGGUGAAAGAGCACCGAGUCCCAGUGGUCUGGAAACAAAGGAAGAUUUACAAUGGGGACGAACAGAUAGACUGCUGGUUUGCCAGGAACAAUGCCGCCAAACUGAUUGAUGGGGUGUAUAAAGAUUACCUAGCAUCUCAUCCAUUUGACACAGAUACAACCUUGGGCCAGGGAGGAUCCACUGGAUCUGAACCCAGCAGCAUUAAUUAAUGACAGCGCAUGAAAGGGAAGUAACAGUGGGGGACACUGAGGCACAGCUGUCCUUGUUACCCUUGCAUGCCUCUGCUCUUGCAACAAGCCACUCUGCAGCCUAGGGCUGAUGUCUGCUGAAGCAAGGGGUAAGGCAGAAGGCUUGAGUGAAGAUACUGUUUCCCUCCCUUUCCUCCUUCCUCUUCCUUCCUCUGCAGCCCCUCAUCUGCAGUAGACAAAACUGGGAGCAUCAAGUGGAGAAAGGUCGUAGUUAAAAGCACUAAAGCUCCUACGUUAUACCAUGUGGCUUGUCCCUCUUGUAGCCUACCAUAAGGUAACUCUUUCCAUGUAACAAGGCUGCCAUGAUAUUUAUUUGCCCUGUUGAAAUGGCCAAAUUCUGCUUUUUUGAGUUAUAUUCAUACCUAGGAAUCUCUCCUUUUAGUUCUGCUGUUUUCUCCAGAUGUGCCAUCCCUGACUUCUUCCUCAAACACACCUUCCAUUAAGUCCCAGGGCACCAAGCAUUCAAAUAGCAUAUAAAUUGGAUCAUCGUAAAUAGUUAAGGCUUUUCUUAAGAGAACAUUUUUUUCUGCUGUGGAAUUAUGUCCUUAAAAACUAGUUUUCAUUUUAAAAAUGAUUAAAAAUAGAAAACCUAUGUCCCAGAUACUGAUCUCUUUUUAAUGGGCUUUGUAGACCACUUGACUUUACUGUUAGACUUUCUCCAAUUUAUGGUGGAUGUUUUCAACUGGCCUCUCUUGGUGCUGGAAAGUUGGCCAGUCAAAUGACCAAUCUUUUACUUGGAUCUCUUCAGCAUUUGUCAUGAUUCCUGGACUUUUCUGCCUUUAGCCUUCCAGGAGGUGAUGAGUUAUGUGUAGAGUGCUGGGAUUGGAGGAAGAGCCAGCAAGAGUGAGCCCAGCCUACAGCGAGAGUAGGCCUGCACAUUCUCUGCAGGAAUGCAUAUGCGCAGGAGAUCUAAAAAGCCUUUCCACAUGGCAGAUGGGCACAAGACUGGAGAUCAGCCUGAGCCGGGGGCUUUGGUUCCAGAACUUGGACAAACUUGAAUCCCUAAGGAAAAGAUUAAAAUUGGGAGCUUGAGGUAAAAAAGUCACCGAGUGUAACUGGCUCUGUCUGGAUGCCCUUAGUCAAGCCUGGUCCUGUUAUUAGAGGGAACAGGGGCUGCUGAUGGUCCUUUCGCUCUCCUUGGUAGCACUCACUCUGCUCUGCCUUCAUGACUCAAGGCCUGUGCAUGAGGAGGCCGGACAGAAGUGAUAGGUGGAAGGGGCUGUGCAGCCAAACCACAGAGCGAGAAAGAAUGUGGCCGGGAAAAGACAUGGGGCCAGGGUGAAGGGCUUGGUGUUGUUCUCACAGGAGGUUUCUUCCAUGGGGCAUGACACCAGGGAAGCCUGCAAGAACUGGGAAGGCAGUGUGGUCAGCCCUUGGACAGAACCCUGCACUGAGAACAUUGUUCAUCAUGUUUACCUUCCCGUGGGAAGCAUUUGAGCAUGUUCCUGUCAGAUCGGGGGGGCUUCAGGAGCCAAUCAGUGCUAGGUGACUGUACAGCCCCCUCUUGGAGUUGCCAUCUCUCUCUGCCUAGUGACCCACUAGACCACGGCAGGUGAGCUAUGCUGUUUAUCUGGCUGCUGUCUUCCCAAAUCUGCUGCCUGUCUUCAUGCCAAAGUGCAAAGAUGACCAGUAUUCUAUAUUCUGUAUUUCAGCUUCUAUAUUUCAAAGAAGGACAUGAGCCAGGGCUAGCCUGGCUAAUCUGGCUCUGCCAGAUUCCUGGGACCUUCCCUUUAUGGAAAUCCAGCUGGGCAGUUGUCCCAGGGACCAGAAGCCCAGGCCACUGGUCACAUCUGGCACAGCUGUCUGUUGUUUCAGUGCAGGCCUCAUGCUGUGGCGAGAUCCAUCUCUACUGCUCUUGUUGCCGCUUUGAGAAACAUAUUCCAAUGAGAUGCCCACCACUAGCUCUUCUACUCAGAAAAAGAAUUUAAAAGUAGUGAAGAGGAGCUUCUAUUUUUAAAAGUUAUAUUUUAGGGCCAGGGAUUUAGCUCAAUGGCACCAUGGCUGCCUUGUAGGCACAACGUCCUGGGUUCGAUCCCUGGUACAAAAAAAAUAGAGUUAUAUUUUAACCUUUAGAUAAAUCUCAUCUUUCUUUCUCUUCUUCUUUUGUUGUAGAUCUCUAUUUGCAAAAGGUUUUUACUAAUACAUUUUCUGUUUUAGCUGAAAAUUUGUAUCUGUGAGUUUCACAUGCUACACGAGUGUUACAUUUACAGCCUUUUCAUUUGAUUGAAAAAUGGUGUAUUUCCUGUUGGCCACAUGUGUUGUGUAUAGCAAGUUCUUUAAAGAAAAUGAAGAGGAAACUGAGGCAGAGUGCAUUUGAGUGGCUUUCCCCAUGUUACAUGAAAGGCUUAGAGCAGGGCUAGGCUAAACUUCCAGGAUUCACUGACUAGCUUUGGCAAUAUUUCACCAUCUGGUCAAUCAUUUAUUUUUCUCAAGCACUACUAAUACAAAAAACAAGUGAGAGGUUACUAAAUGAGCACUAGAAUGGGACUGAGAAAAAUGCUGGAAUUAGAGAUGAAUCUCACUGUUAAUAGCUAAUGCUAAUGAGUUAUAAGAGUAGGCUAGCUGGGAUCUUGAGCAAGUUCCCCUCUCUGGGUUCCAAUCUCCUCCCUUGUCUCACAAAGAAAAGCAUCUGAACGCGUCAUUUUGAAGGAUCUUCUAACAUGAAGUUUCAUAUUCUCAAAAUAAAACGCUUUGAAAAUUCUCAACUGGCCCACACACCGUGCUUUGCUUUGCCUUCCUGCCUGACUUUUUGAUGAUUUGCCACUUCAGGCCAGAGGGGGGCGGUAUUUGGGAGAAUGGGCCAUCAAAACACUCCAUUGGAGCCAGGCAGCUGUCCUGGGUGUGCAGGUGACAGGGAAUGAGGGCACCUCCCUAUUCCUAUAAGGAGUAACACUAAAUACUUACUUGAAUACUAUCCUUACAAUAAAUACUAUCCUUAUAAGUGGAUUAGGAUUCUUUGUGUCUUUCUAAAAUUCUUAGGUUAAAGCCUAGAUCUCCAGUAAGAUGGUACUUGGAGGUGCACCUUUCAGAAGUGAUCAGGUCCUGAGGGCAGAGCCCUGGUAAGUGGGAUGAGUGCCCCUACCAGGAGAGACAUGAGAGAUGAUCUAUCUCCUUCCACCUUGUAAGAAUACAGUGAAAACAUGGCCAUCUGCAAGUCAGGAGCAGAGCCUCCACCAGACACCACAUCUGUUGGCUCCUUGCUCUUGGGCUUCCCAGCCUUUGGAACUGUGCAGAAUAAAUGCCUGUUGCGAAGCCACCCAGUCUAUGGGAUUCUUGUUAUAGCAGCCCAAGCUGGUCAAGAUAUUUAAAAAUUCUUUUACUUUCUUCAGCCCACUCAGAGUGUACACAAACAAUGUUCUUAUUAAAACUUGAAGGACUCCUGGGACCAUAUGAACAUGAUCCAGCUAAAAUAAACAGCAAAUAAAAUAACACAGCUAACCAAAUACUUAGAGCUGUAACUUUAAAUAUUUAGUCAGUUUUAAAUAAUAAGUAGGGUACAAGAUAGUUCACAUUUCAAGAGACAUUUUUCUUAAAUAUUUGUAAGAAAAUGAUGUCUAAAAACAAAUUACAUGACAUGUUUAUUUUUUGAGGGGAAACAGAAUCAGGGCUAUUGAAAAUAAAACGGUGAUUCUAACUGCACUGUUUGUUUGUAGGAAUUUCUGAAUCAUAGGAGCUAUAUAACGGUGGGCUGUGUAUAUGAUGGUGGUCCCAUUAGGUUAUGAUAGAGUUGAAAUUUUUCUAUUGUCUGAUAUUUUUUACUGUACUUUUUGAUGUUUAUAUGUAUUUAUCUGCACAUACACUCACCAUUGUGUUACAAUUGCUUAGAGGAUUCAUUAGCCUGUAACCGAGGGGCAGCCGAAUGUACCACAUAAUGCAAGUCUAAUAAACUAUACCAUCUAGGUUUAUGUGAGUAUACUCUGUGCUUGUCACAUAAUGAUAAAGUCACCUUAGGGCACAUUUUUCAAGAUGUAUCCCCAUCAUUAGGUGACACCAUCAGGUGUAUUUUAAAUGAUAGGUAAAUGGAGUAGUGACAUUGGAAGACUAAUGUUAAAGUAAUACAAAUCCUUGUAGAGAGCAGCAGGUUCACAGCAGCUGUUCCUAUGCUCUUAUGAACCUGUCACCCACAUGUGACUGUUUAAAACCCCUCAGUGCAUUACUAUCAAGGGUCUCUGGUAUCCCAAAUUGGUAUCACCUUAAUGGGUCACUCUAUCAUGUGCAUUUUGCUCAUCACCUGCUUGGUGCUCAGAGUCAUUUUUCCCUCGGUAGGUACCAUUCCUAGCUUGUGGACCUGGCAUUCCCACCUUGAGUUCUGAGUGGUCCAGCCAAAAGAUCCCAGUUGAUCUACACUAAAUUCUGAAUAAAGCAACACCUGAUUAGAACUCAAAUGGAGCCCAAAAAAUGAGGUAGCCAUCACUGGUAGGCUGUGGUAAAGAGAAAACAUUAAAUAACUGAUAUCCAGAACUUCAAGUCAACUUUUCUGAGCUUUGGGCUUUUUAGUCAUAAAAUGAAGGGAUUAGACUAGGUAAUUUCUUUUACUACACUACUUUUUUUUUCUUUGCAGUAUAGCGAUUAAACCCAGGGCCUCACUACUGAGCUAUAUAUCCAGCUUUUUUCUUGAGGGUCUCCCUAAGAUUUUAAGUGGCACAGGUUAGGCUUGACUUGUGAUCCUCCUGCCCCAGCCCCCCAGAGUGCUGGAAUGACAGAAAUGCAACACCAUACCCAAUUCAUUCCUUUUUAUUUUAUUUUAUUUGUAGACAGGGCCUUGCUAAUUUACCCGGGCUGGCCUUGAAUUUGUAAUCCUCUUGCCUCAGCCUCCCAAGUAACUGGGAUAACAGACCUGUACCAUAGCACCCAGCUUGGAUUUAAGAUCCUCUGACCUUUAUCUUCUGCUUUCAGAUGAAGAAACCUCUCACUUGUCAAAUGAUCAGUAGGCGUGUCUUCAUCCAGUAACCCAGUAUACUCUGAGUUCUAAUGUGCCAGGUCAGAGAUUCAGAGCAGAACAAAGUCCCUACUGCCCCAGAGUUUGCAGUUUAAGACAAGACAAAGGAUGCAAAGGAUGAAGAAGCAUGCUCAAUGAACAGGAGCAUGUUGUAGAGGAUUGUCAGCUAAGCACAGAGGAGAGACAAUAAUGAAGGCAGAAGGCAGGUUGGGAGAACUUUCCCAGGACAGAGCAUGAGUUAAGCUGCCAGGAAGAGGACCACAGAUGCAGCACCAGAGAUAUUUUCUGUAAUGGUAGACAGCCCCGAGCAUACUCUACAUGGAAACAAUCUUCUUAACCUCUCUCAGUUUCAGACAGCAUUGUUGAUUCAGUAGUUUCUGAGAACCCAAACUUGGUAGAGUCCUGGGUUCCUCCUUUCCUGGAUCUUAUGUCUGAAGAGUCUCCAGCCAAUAUCCUCAUGGUCUGUUUCCUUCACUCCUGCUUCCAGGAUACAGAGAACACCUAGGGAAACUCUCAAGACUCUGUCAUGGGUCCAUUCAGCACACAAGCUCCUCUGGUAUUUGGCAAACUGCAGUCAUCAGUGCCCUGGCUGUAACGGCUCCUUUGUCCCUGCAGCUUUCCAUAACAGCUCUGCCUCCAGUUUCACUGAGAAAACAGAAGGAGCACCUGCCUUAAGCCUUCCUCCUAUCAAGGGACUCUCUCUUCACAGGGCUCCAUCACCUUCUUCCCUCCUUCCCUGUAUGUCUGUCUUUGCUCCUGCUGACCCCUUCCCACCAUCCUCUCGGCAGUGACUCCCUCUAGACUCUUGUUCCCCACCAGGUGUGUCCCUCUUGACACCAAAUGCAGGUGAACCACCUCUUAUCCAAAAUGCUUGGGACCAGAAGUGCUUCUGAUUUUAAGACUUUUUAUAAUUUCAAACUAUUUGCAUAGAGUUACCAUCAUGUCAGCACUCAAAAAUUUCAGAUGCUGGAACAUUUUAGAUUGGGAAUUUUCUGAUCAAGGUUGCUCAAUCUGUACCAUCCCAAAAGAGCUUCAUUCUAGCCAGAAACUGUUGUCCCUCUAUUGGACUCCCUUUCAGCUUCUCUUUUCUUUAUUUCAGUGUCAGAUUCACUCUAGUAGUUGGUAGUUGAACUCUCAUUUUCCUCCUCCUACUUGGUUGCUUAAGUCUCAGUCCAAUUCCAGCGAGCAUUGUCGUCAGCCUCCACUGUGUGACUCUGGUAGCCUUGUUCUCUUUUGUGAAAUGCUGGAUCCUUUGACUUCUUUUAUGUGAUUCUUAGAUCAUUCCUAGACCUUCGUAGUCUCCCUUUAUGAAUGUCUUUCCUCCUACCAACCAAUGGACUUACCUUGAGGUUCUGCCUUGGUCCUCCACACUGUCUCCCUCAGGAACUUCAUCCACAUCAUGCUUUCCACACAUAAGUGGCUUCUGCAUGUAAAACUGCAGUGUGGGCUUCUCUUUUGAUAUCAUUCCCUUUAGUCAUUCUGGCUUCAUCUUAAACUCAGGAACUGAAGCAAACUUUCCAUCUUCAACAUGGGUAUUUGGGGUCAGGAACCUGGGAGAACAGGAAAGAGAAGCCCCUGCCCCUUCCUUUGCUAUUUUGUAUAUGGCAAAUAAAGUAGAUGAAGAAGGAAAUAUAUAUCCAUGUGCUGGGCUCAUUUCAUAGGAAGCCAACCCCAAAUUAAUCUCUGUUGACACUGUGUACUUCCUGAAAAUUCUUGGUUAAUCAUACUAUUUUCUCAACAACAGCUGUGUUUGUGCAAGAGAAGACCCAAUGUUCUAAUGGCUUAUUGGGAAUUUCUGCUUAUGUAAGUCAAAACUCAGAUGUGCUAAGUGUAUUGACAUGCUUAAUAACUUCAUUGAACUAUGAGUGUAAAAUAUAUUGUAAAUGGAUUUCAGUACACUUUUAAGAAUAAAUUUUAUGAAACAUGUA